AUGUCUACUAACCCAAACCCCCAAAAUAUUUCAUGUCUCAAAACUCUCGCAUUGAAUAUUCUUAAGAAUGGCUCCCCGGAUAUUAUUGCAAAAGGCGUUGAAGUUCCAGAACUAGAUCCAUGCUCAAGCUGUCUUGAGGAUUAUGUAAAGGAUCUUCCGCAAUGCCCAAAGUGUGCAAUGGAAAUUGAAUCUAUUGAUUAUAUGCAUUCUGGCACUUCUGAGCAAAGUACCUUGGACCUAAUGCAAAUUUCGCCACAAAUGAAAUCUAGUCAAAACCAAAAUAUAGUAACCCCAUAUACAUCUCUUAUUUUUAACCCUACCUUAUCAUAUAAUCCAACAACGUAUCCAAAUUAUAUAGACCUUACCAAAAAUAAAGAGCCUAAAUAUAAAAAAAGAUUACGUGAAGAAAGUGCAAAAAAAGAGCCUCCAAAUUUAAAAAAAUUAAUAGAUGAAUUAUCUACUGAAGAUCCGAAUUCUGCAAAAAAUAAUAUUUCUACACAAUUGGUAACGAUACCAACCACUGAAAAUGAUCCUGAUCCAGUUAAUUUUCUCAACUUAUAUAAAGAACUUAUUAGUGCUGAAGAUGAUAAUAGAAAAUCGAACCAAGAAGUUAUUAAAAGAUAUUAUAAUUUUGGAUUAAAUCUUACAAACCGCCUAGAAUACCAUAAGAAAUUUCACAAAAAGCAAGUUGCCAAAAUUCUAGUAAAUGACGAAGUUAGAAAUCAAAUUUCCAAAGAGGUUAGUGAUGAUGCACUUAGAAAGAAAACAGAACGAGCACGAAAAAUUUACAACCUUUUUGAUGCCAUUGGUGAGGAUAAAAUAGUACGAGUCAGAUCUUUUACAGCGUUAACAAUUUCUAAGUUAAGUAAGAAAAAUAUCACUCAUGUAAUGCUUAGCAUUAUAAAUAAAUCAAAAUGA